CAGGGCGUCCGGAGCAAGAUGGAGAAAUAAGCAGCCAGAAAACCCGCCGGAGCCAAGACACAACCGAAGGGCGUAAACUCCUGCCAGGGAUCUCCAAUCAGGCCCGGGAGGCUUGGCUGCCUGCCCUAUAAAUGCGGAGCCGGGAGGGUGGGAAGCCAGCGCGCCUCUGGGCAGGGAGAGGAAGAGGAGGAUGAGUGCCGGGGUGCUCCCCGCAAGGUGGCAGAGAGCACCCAGCAGCACCCCGGCAGGGAUGAGCCGGCCCCCGGCGGCAGCCCAGCAGACCAUGCCCGUCUCCUCCUCCAGGCCCCGGACGUCCUUCCUCAUCCAAGACAUCCUCUGGGAUAGGGCAGAGCGGGGAGCGCUGCCGGAGAACAGCAAGAGUGGAGGGGUCGGCAGCCCGGAGGAUGGGGAGAAGGGGACGGCCGCGGCGGAGGGCAGCGAGGGCAGCCCGGUCCCGGGGGCUGCCCCAGAACACCCCCCCGGGAGCCCUCGUCCCCCAGGAGCAUCCCCAGCCCCAGGGACCCCCCAGGAGGCGGAUGCAGACGCCACGGCGGAGACCGACCUGUCGGAGUGUGAGCCCCCCCUGCCCCUCGCCCAGCCUCCCCCCAAGCAAGCCAAGCGCUCGCGGGCGGCGUUUUCCCACACCCAAGUCAUCGAACUGGAGCGGAAAUUCAGCCACCAAAAAUACCUGUCGGCCCCCGAGCGAGCCCACCUGGCCAAAAACCUGCAGCUCACCGAGACCCAGGUGAAAAUCUGGUUCCAGAACAGGAGGUAUAAAACCAAGAGGAAACAGGUGGCCGCGGAAAUCGGCCGGUUGGACACGCAUCUGGCCGGGCAGAAAGCGGCCGAGCUCCCCCCGGCAUCGCUGCUGGCCCUGCGGGGGGGUUGGCAGUACCUACCCUGCCUCUACUACUUGAACGGCUGGAAUCCCUCCUGGUGGUAA